CAGAUCACUUUGAGCAGAAUGAUAAUGCACAAAUGCCUGUUAUGCUUGACGGUCAGAAUGUUCACCAUCAUAUGCAUCAUCAUCACAUGCAGGUCAACCCCUCGCCGCAUCUGCAUAUAUCAAUACAGCCAUCCGUAAUGACUCCAUCGUUGUCUCUGGCGGCGCACAUGGCGGCGAUGGUGCGCGCGGCCUCGUCCGCGGACGCGCGUCGCUCCUCCCGCGGCGCCUCGCGUGCUGUCAUAGAGCGCAACACGUACCGACACGCGUACGCGCGCCCCGCCCCACAUCACCAGGACGAGAAGUGCACCAUCUGCCUCUCUAUAUUCGAAGUUGACUCCGAUUGCAGACGUCUGCCGUGCAUGCACCUGUUCCACAUGGACUGCGUGGACCAGUGGCUGAGCACCAACAAGCACUGCCCCAUCUGCCGCGUUGAUAUCGAGACGCACCUCAACAAGGACGCCGCGAUCUAACCGCGUACCACACGCGACAACACACAACAAUACACGUUACAGGUAUUGCAUAAAAUAAUGUCAUUAUUGGAAAUGACUACUAAAAUAUGACAUUAUAAGAAUUACUCGAAUAAAACCUCACAAAGACAGAUCAGAAUCAGCCAAAACGUAGCUGCAGGCGGUUACAACGGAAACGUAUCUCUCGUGCGCAGAAGCCUUGCCAAUGACCUCAUGACGUCACGCGUCAGUAGGGUUGACAAAAAAGGUUACAUUAAAUAAUUUUUGCAAUGUAUUUAUUACUGUAGAAACUUUACAUAAAACUG